GUUACAGGUCACGACUACAGCUAUUCCUGAAAUGUCCUUCUAAUAUAUGUAGGACAAUAAUUACGCAUGUCAGUAAAUUAACAAACAAACAGAGAAAGAAAAAAAAAGAGAGAAGAAAACACAAAGGUCUUUUGUGUGCUUUGCUAAAGGACGCAACCCCCCAUCCCUUCCGGUUUGAAACACACGUUGGAUUAAUUGGGAGCGGCUUGAUGCGCGCGCGGGCUGCUGGGUCUCCACGGCAACAUCGAGAAACGACAGUUUUGCUACAUCGACGCACCGGCUUUGUGUUCUGUCUCCACCAUGUCGUCCGGAAAGAUGGGGAUGUAUCGCUCGCAACCGCGAGACUUCAGCAACCUAUUUCAAACAUGCAGCUCAAAUAUUCAGAAAAUAACACACAACACUGGCCAAAUCAAAUCCAUGCUGUUCCAGCUCGGAAGCAGACCAGACACUCCUGAAAUCCAGGACAGACUGCAGCAGAUGCAGCAUUACACAAAUCAGCUAGCCAAAGAGACCAACAAGCACCUGAAAGAACUGGGCUCUCUACCUCAGUCUCCUUCAGAACAGCGCCAGCAGAGGAUCCAGAAAGAUCGGCUGAUGAAUGAUUUCUCAGCAGCCCUCAACAACUUCCAGGUGGUGCAACGUCGAGCAGCUGAGAGGGAGCGAGAGUCCAUGGCCAGGGCUCGAGCUGGCUCACGCCUCCUGGCUGAAGAAAGCAACCAAGAUGAACAACUUGUGACAUUUGAAAAGAGUGAAGACUCUGGGCUGUUCCAGAGUCAGGUUGAAGAAGAGCCCAUCACAGAAGAGGACCUGGAGUUGAUCAAGGAGAGGGAAACCAACAUCCGACAAUUGGAGGCAGAUAUUAUGGACGUGAACCAGAUUUUCAAAGAUUUGGCAGUUAUGAUUCAUGACCAAGGCGAUAUAAUAGAUAGCAUAGAGGCUAAUGUGGAGAGUGCUGAGGUUCAUGUAGAGCGUGGGACAGAGCAACUGCAACAUGCCGCCUACUACCAGAGAAAAUCACGCAAGAGGAUGUGCAUUCUAGCUUUAGUGCUGUCCUUAGUGGUGACUGUCUUUGCCAUUAUUAUUUGGCAAGCUGCGAAAUAAGGUGAUAUUACGCAUUUGAAUUUGGUGCACUUUAAAAUAUCCAGUGAUGACUGGCUGCUGAGUGUUUGGUUUGUGUUUGGAAAUGAACUGCAAAUAAAUUGCUUUUAAUAUAUAGAAUAUUCAAAAAAUAUUGACAGCAUCUUGCAUGUCCAGUAUUGCUUUUUACAUCUUUAUAGAGCAAGUUGAGUCUUGUGCAUUUUCCAAGUAUUAUGCAGAAUAGUAAGGAGGUGACAGUUCACUGACGAUGGAUUUGGAGAGCAAACAUGAAUUUGUUUCAUUUGAUAAAAUUUGGGAAUGUAGGAUUUUUAGAACAUGAGCCAUUUUAUUACUUUAUCCUUUAGAAUAGGUGGUUUUGUUACUUGAUUGUAAGUAACAAAUAUGUUUAUUUAAAUGAUAAAAUUCUGCAGAGAUGCAGAGAAAGGUUUAGAGGAAAAAAGAAUUAAUGUUCAGUUCAUACUUUUCAUUAAACAUUAUAAUUUCUUAAUCAUUUGUUAAUAUUUAUCAAAAAAGGGUAACAAUCACCUAUAUUAACAACAUAGCAGGGUUUUAAUCAUUAUAACAAGGUAAAUAUGGCUUAUGGUUUAAAAAAAUUGUCACUAUUCUGAUCACUAUUGUCACUAUUCUCCAUUUAUGUUUGGUCUCAUUAAAUAGUAGCGUUUAUACGUAAAAAAA